AUGGGAACCGGACAGCAAUUCAGUCAGUACUUGGUGAAGUGUAUAGAGGCCAACUUGAAGAAUUCGCGGUGCUUCACGGUGACUUUGUAUGACCGGGAUAACUUCGAGUUCACCGUAGCCGAGACCACUCCGACGGGCUCUUUCUCAUUGGGUACCUACAGAGUAUCCCUUGCGUCCCGGACCUGUGACUGCGGGUACUUCCAGGCACUUCAUUUCCCGUGCCAGCACGCACUUGCAUGCUGCGCCUACUCACGGGUUACCUGGUCCUCUUAUGUUCACAGCGUGUAUCAGAUUAGUUCAGUGUUCCGUGUGUACCAGAUGGGAUUCACACCGCUGAUACCGGAGGGAUUCUGGCCACCUUACGACGGGCCAACCGUGAUCCCGAACCCUGCCAAGAGGCGUGCGAGAGAGGGUCGUCCGAGAUCCACUAGGAUACGGACGAAUAUGGACGAGGCUGAUCCGAAUCGGCCAAAGAGGUGUGGCCUUUGUCGCCAACCCGGACACACCCGCAGGAGUUGCCCACAGCUUGGAGGACCGUCUCACACGGGGGGCCAGUAG